CCUCCCCGUGUUAUUCCUCAUCGCGCUUCCUUCUCCUCUUACUCCUUCCUUUUGUUCUUGCCCUCCCUCUCAGGUUCGCCCCCCCGCGUUCCUCUGCUGUUGUUACCCCACCCCUCGCUCCCUCCCGCGCCCCGCCCCCUCCUGGCACUGCGGAGCCAGAGCCGUGACCCGAGCGGACUCGCUUCCCCGCAGCUCCAGCCUCUCGCCGCAGAGUCGCAUGUCCUCGAUCCAGAACCUCCAAUCCUUCGACCCCUUUGCUGAUGCAACAAAGGGCGACGACUUACUCCCGGCGGGGACUGAGGAUUACAUUCAUAUAAGGAUCCAGCAACGAAACGGAAGAAAGACACUAACAACUGUUCAGGGAAUUGCAGAUGAUUAUGACAAGAAGAAACUUGUGAAAGCUUUCAAAAAGAAAUUUGCUUGUAAUGGUACUGUGAUUGAACAUCCUGAAUACGGUGAAGUUAUCCAGCUGCAAGGUGACCAGAGGAAGAAUAUUUGCCAAUUUCUCUUGGAGAUUGGCAUUGUCAAGGAAGAACAACUGAAAGUUCAUGGUUUCUAAUAUACCUGUACACUUAUGAAGACUCCUGCAGUAUUGGUCUUACCUAACCUGGCUCUUCUGUGAAAAAUGAAUCUUUGCAGUGAAUGGACUUCCCUGUUACCUGAACAUUUACAGUUUGAUUCAGAUUUGCAUGACUGCAUGAAACAGGUGGUGUGUAGACUAGAAACACAUAAGAAAACUUCAGUAAGGUGGUAACGAAGACACUUGUGAACUUUACCACAUUUCCAAUGGAAAUGUAUUAGUGAUGAUUGUUCAGUUUAGUACUCUCCACCUGACUUAAAUGUGUGAGUUGUAUUCAAAUAGUGUGUGUUGUUGCUUAAAAAUAAAAGUUUGUUCAUACAUUUUCUGGCAUAUCUGAAAUGCUUUAGCUAAAGUUUUAAACUAGCACAGCAGCCUUGCUGAAGAAUGGCUGAGCUGCUUUAUGGCAAGUGUAGCUCACUGCUGAUUGAAGAAAUUGGAAAAUCUACAUGAUGAAGUAUUAGCUGAAUUAUCAGUAGAUUUAGCUUGAUAUGAUUUUAUCCUGUAGCUGUAAGACUAGAGCUUUAAGGUCUGUAGCGUAGGUGUAUCUUAAUAGCAGCAUAAGUCAUAAAUUGUUCACUAAGUAACUGAAUCUUCUCUAAAAUUUAUUGCAGUGACUAUGAGGUAUUAGUAUGAAGCCUAGUAGGGGUGAAAUAAGCUGAACUUAAGGCUACUGUUACUGACAAUGUGCUAAAUAUCUAGGUCUUACACAGUACUCCCAAAAUAUUUGAAGGAAGUGGAUGGGAUAUUGUCACUGGGUGAGGAGGGAAGACAUUGAUUUGGCCAUGACUGUGCAUUUGAUGUUGACAAGCAAAGUGCUUUAAUGAGCUUGUAGUGUUAGCUGCAGAAGUAAGGAAGGGAACAGGCUCUACACUGACCUUUUUCUUGGUAUGAAAAGUUCUGUUGGGAUUAAAAGUUGAUUUAGAGAGUUUUGUAAUAGAGUUUGGGUGAUACUACAGAAAACUGAUUUAGUCUACUUUUCUAGAAGGCAAUUAAUUCAGCGUUAUUGGAAAUUAUAAUAGGUUUGUUCCACCAUGCAUUUAAUCUAGUUUAGUUAACUAAGGCAUUUGAUAUUCUGCUUGUAAGACAUGUCUCUUGAAGAAUGACAUUAAUUCAUUUGGUGAAAAAUGCAGAUCUUGUCUUCCAUUUGAGAUAGACAUGGAAGUUUUCUCUGAAGCAAUUCAAAAUACGAUGAGCUGCAAAACUAUAACAAUAGUGGGAAAUGUUUAAGAAACAUUAUGUAAUACCGUGUAUUCUCUGGAAAGGAAGAAAGAGACAUUUAUGUACUGUUAACACUUACUAGUAAUUUAGCCAGGAAAAAUAAAAUUGAUGACUACCUAAAUAAACAUCAAGAAUAGGCAAAACUAUAUUACUUAAUAUCACAUGUGUCUGUACUUUAUUUCCUACUCAGAUUUGCCUUUCUAAACAGAAAUGCUCACCUUUAACUCAUUUGAACUUUUCUUUUUUUUUUAGAUUUCUGAGUUCAGAUAUGAACCCUUAUGGCACUAGCAACAAUUAGGGGAGCAUUAUAUGACAGUUUCUUUCUCCAUGUGAUCUAGACAAUUCCACCUGUAAGAAUCCAGUAUCCAGUCUCUCAGUCCUCACAAAUUCUGCCUGGUGUUACAGAUCUUAAUUGUUCAACAGAAAGGAUGUUCCAGAACAUUGUAACUAUUAAGGUAUAAUGUGUUCAGGAGGAAGGACUGGCUGCUGCAAAAUGCAAAAUACCUACACACCAAAUGAAAAAAACAGAAAUAAGUCUUAUGCAAGUCUUGGAGAUUAGCAGAAUAAAAUCAUUCUACUGCAAGUUUAUCUAGUCUUGAUUCUUAGGUGCUAAAGUAAUUAAUCUUUUGGGGGUACAUAGCACUUUGUGAUUUUCAUUUUAUCAUAUGCCAGAAAAACUGAUGUUCCCAUUUAAAGCUUGUUCUGCCCAAGAGGAAAAAGAAGCAUUAUCUUCUCCUAUUUCCCUGAUAUUAUAUGAGUACUUCUAGUGGGCUUUGAAUUUGAGAUUAACGAAUGACUAGCAGAUCUCGUGUUACUGAGUCAGUCUUCAUUUCAGAUGGCAUUCCAUUAAUUUCUACUACCUAAACUUGAGUCAUUUCUCCAUAGUCAUUCUUCUUGGAAUAAAAAAUAAAAACCUUUUGUUCAUCCUCCUCAUUUAAAAAUCUGUUCUUGAAGUUGAUAGGUGGCUUGGUUUUUGUGCUUUAGGGGAGAUGCUUGUGUUAUGACCUUUGAAGGGCAAAAUUGAAAGUAAGAAGUAACACAUUUUAAGUUUAAAGAGAUGAGAUUUGUUGUGGCAACAUACCAUGUAAUCUUUCUAUGUUCUAGAUGAAAGAUUUCUACUAUUUCAUGUUUUAUCUUACUCUGAAACUUCUUUGUCAAAGUUAAACUUACUUGGAAUACAUAUUCACAUUUCAAGAAUGCUGAAAAUGACGGCUUUGGAAAAGAACUAUUUAAAGUGCUGCCAUGAAAAUUUGUUUUCACAAUGAAGGCAGAUUUCAGUCUUUCAUCUAUGCCAACGGUAAAGGAUGUGGCCUGUAAUUGUCAAGGCAGGAAAAGAGCUUAUAACAGAAAACACUUUUGAAAUUCACUAGUAGGACUUGAGGCUGGCCAAGCUCAGACUGCAAAGAGUGGUGGGUUUUUUGUUGGAAUGUUGUGAAGUCUGUGUCCUUCAAACCUGCAAAUCAAGAUAGCCUUCUUAGUGAUACUUAGGCUUAACCAGAAGCUGUUAUUGGAUGUGAAACUGUUUUUCAGAUUCACAGCCUUGUGCAUAGUUGUUGUAGCUGACUCUGAGUUGAUACACUGGAGUAAGGUGUUACAUAAAUAAAUUCAUUAAACCAA